GUACGCCCAUUGUCGCCGGCGAAAUCCAAUCACUCUUUCUCAAAUACACUCCAACAGGAGGAGCUUUAUCGAAAAUGCAUUCCAUUUUUCCGAUGAUAUCUAGAUUCUCCGACCACCACAAUAUCCAUCUCCGCCGCUACAACCGCCACUGUCUUUCGCAUCCUCUUCCACCGCCGCUGCCACCUCAUCACCAGAGCACAAAAAUCCUACACCUCCCGCAUAAUUUCGGAAUCUCCGCCAUAGAAGCCGCUCAACCCUUAGACUACAAAUCCAAAAUCUUCGAACGUAUCACCAUAUACAAAACUCUGAAAAUUGGCAUUGUAGGGUUCGGCAACUUCGGGCAGUUCCUUGCGAAAACCCUAGUCCGUCAAGGCCACACCAUCCUUGCUCACUCCCGCUCAGAUUACUCCGCCAUUGCUGCUGAGCUUGGCGUUUCAUUCUACUUUAACGCCGAUGACCUUUGUGAAGAACACCCGGAUGUAAUCAUUCUCUGCACAUCAGUCCUCUCAACUGAAAAAGUACUCCGCUCAUUACCAUUACAAAGAUUGAAGCGCAGCACAUUAUUUGUUGAUGUUUUAUCUGUUAAAGAGUUUGCUAAAGAUUUGCUCAUGCAAAUAUUACCAUUAGAUUUCGAUAUUCUAUGUACACAUCCGAUGUUUGGGCCUGAAAGUGGUAAAGAUAGCUGGAAAGGUCUUCCAUUUAUGUAUGACAAAGUCAGAAUUGGCCAUGAUGAAUCUAGAGUUUUGCGUUGUGAGAAUUUUCUUGAUGCAUUUGUAAAAGAAGGGUGUUUAAUGAAGGAAAUGACAUGUGUUGACCAUGAUCAACAUGCAGCUGAGUCUCAAUUCAUAACUCAUACAAUAGGGAGGAUCUUGGAAAAGCUAGAUUUGGAUAGUACUCCGAUUAACACAAAAGGGUAUGAAAGUUUGUUGGAUUUAGUUCAGAAUACAUCGAGUGAUAGUUUUGAGUUGUAUUAUGGAUUGUUUAUGUACAAUAAGAAUGCAAUGCAACAGUUGGAAAGGUUGGAUUUGGCUUUUGAAUCGUUGAAGAAAGAGCUGUUUGGUCAGUUACAUGAGGUUUUGAGAAAACAAUUGUUUCGGACAAGGGAACGACAUUUGGGAGUUUUACAAGAACCACGAGCUUUAUUGAAGCUACCUCCGAAUGGGAAUGGACAUGCACUUCCACAACGAUCAGGUUCUUCUAUUAGUUGAGGACAACAAAAGAUUUUCAAAAUCAUUGUUUAUGUUAAUUCUUGUUCUAGUGUUUGAUUAUAUGUUAAAUGUCUUAAAUACCAUUUGGUAGAGAGAAACAAAGGAAUCUUGUGGGCUCAAUUAAUUGUAACAUCCCUAAUGAUAUGCUCCAAGAUGGGUGGAUCGAGGGAAGUCCACAUGUUGAGUUGCCUAAAGCAGAAAAUAUCUUCUGCUCAUUGUGUAUUACCCACAAACUUGUAAGUAAUGUGUUGUAAGUUUCCUUUGUGAUGGUUAUGUAAGAAUUGUGAAACAAAAGGGACAGGUUGCUAGCUAUCUAAUUCUUGAACAUUUGUGAAGAAAAAAAGGAGAGGGAUAUUGGUGUGUUGUUUGGUAGGAAACUUUUUAGAAAUGUCCAAAUCUUGAGUUGCAGCGAAGUUAAUUAAGUAUCUACCUAGUGCUUCUGUUGAAGAAAUUCUCAAAGUGAUUAGUGCAUAGGGGUCACUGGAAAAUUCCAAUAAAUGCAAGCAGAUUCUGAAUAUAUUUAAUAAUUAUCAUGUUGUAGCUAGUGUGAUAUAUAAGAAGUAUAUAUAAGUGGAAUAGCAUUUUUUGGCAAUCACGCAAAAGUUGAUUGAAACACUUUUUGACAACG